GACGGUCCAACCUUACCCAUCAUCUUUGCUAGGAUCCCUUUUCAUAUGGUGACGAGAAUAUUUGAGAAUUCAUUAAUGGAGGAGAUUCUGUGAAAGAUCCUUACUCCAUCAACUGACAAAACCCCCCUUCCUUUAUCUUUUUAUCUUGCUGUUCUGCAAUUCGACCAUACUUGAAUUCAUCCAUGACCAUGAAUUCUAUUUCUUUCAAAUGUUAUCAUCUUCCAUCCUCUAUCAAGGGUAGUAACGAUUCUUUCAGUUUUGAUUCAUCGAAAUCCAUAAUUCGAUUCAAUUUCGUAAACCCUAACCGUCGACGUAUAUCCUAUGAGAAUACCAUUUCACGAAGUUCAGUUGUCUGUUCUUCUUCAGACGAUGCAGCCGCCUCCGGUUCUGUACCUUCCGGGGAUAACAUCCCUAGCAACUUUUGCAUUAUAGAAGGACCAGAGACUGUUCAAGAUUUUGUUAAAAUGCAAUCGAAGGAAAUCCAAGACAAUAUAAGGAGUAGGCGAAAUAAGAUCUUCCUCCUAAUGGAAGAGGUACGAAGGUUAAGAGUGCAACAACGCUUAAAAAAUAUAAAACUCAAUGAGAGCAGCUCUGAGGACAACGAGAUGCCCGACAUUCCUUCUUCAAUUCCUUUUCUACCUUCGGUGACCCCGAAGACGUUGAAGCAGCUCUAUUUGACAAGUUUUUCGUUUAUAUCAGGAAUUAUAGUCUUCGGUGGCCUUCUUGCACCAAUUUUGGAGCUAAAACUAGGUGUGGGUGGCACCUCAUAUGAAGAUUUCAUAAGCAAUAUGCAUUUGCCUAUGCAACUGAGUCAGGUUGAUCCUAUCGUGGCAUCGUUUUCGGGUGGGGCAGUGGGUGUAAUUUCGACUCUGAUGCUGCUUGAAGCCAACAAUGUCAUGCAACAAGAGAAGAAAAGGUGCAAGUAUUGCCAUGGAACCGGGUACUUGGCUUGCGCUCGAUGUUCUUCCAGUGGCGUGUGCUUAAACAUUGAGCCGAUAUCUGUAUCAAAUGCUUCUGAUCGUCCAUUACGAGCUCCCACUACUCGAAGGUGUCUGAGCUGCUCCGGGGCAGGAAAGGUAAUGUGCCCGACGUGUCUUUGCACAGGAAUGGUAAUGGCGAGUGAACACGAUCAUCGUAUAGACCCAUUCGACUAAAGAGCCUUCUGUUAGAGCAAUGCUGGUCUAUAGCGGCAAACGGAUGUAUUUAUCGGGCUAACACUCAUAACGAUAAGUCGUAUAGCGGAUUGCUGUUUCGAUCACGGCAUAGGUGUUGAUGAACGUUCAUAUUUAUAUCCGUUUACCAAUAUGGUAAAACAAAGAUGCAUUUUAAACAUACUAGUUGUUCUGUAUGCGUGCGUAAAAUAAUGGGAUUUAAAAUUCUAGAGUAAAUUACAAAAUUGGUCCUUGUGGUUUAUAUCUAAUGAAAUAAGAUUUCAUUUACU